AAAGUCUACCUUGGCGUGGCUGGGCUCUAGCACGCGGGGCUUUCGCAAGCUCGUCCAUGGCUCCCGGGACAGCCGGGGUGGGCAGCGCCCGGCCCCAGCUGGACAAGCAGUUCCUCCGACGCUUUCUAAAGAUCCAAGCAAUUUUAUUUCCUAAAUUCUCUUCCCAGAAUGUGCUGAUGUUCCUCACCUUACUAGUAGUUGCACUCUUGGAACAGCUGGUCAUUUACCAGGUGGGAGUGAUCCCCAGCCAGUAUUAUGGGGUUCUGGGGAGCAAAGACCUUUCUGGGUUCCAGAAUGUGACUGCAGUUGCUCUGAUUCUCAUUGUGUUGAACUCUGUGCUGAAGAGCUUUGACCAAUUCAUCUGCAACCUGAUGUAUGUGAGCUGGAGGAAGGUACUCACUGAACAUCUACAUGGCUGCUACUUUCAGGGUCAGGUGUAUUACACCUUGAAUGUGCUGCAUGAGGACAUCGAUAACCCAGACCAGCGAAUAAGUCAGGAUGUGGAGAGGUUCUGCAAACAACUGAGUUCCAUGGCCAGCAAGGUGAUCAUUGCCCCCUUCACUCUUGUUUACUACACCUAUCAAUGCUUUCGCAGCACUGGCUGGCUGGGUCCUGUUAGCAUCUUUGGUUAUUUCAUCAUUGGGACAGUUGUCAACAAGAUCCUAAUGAGCCCCAUUGUUUCAACACUGGUUCAACAGGAGAAGCUGGAAGGUGAUUUCAGAUUUAAGCAUGUGCAGCUAAGGGUGAAUGCUGAAUCUGCAGCAUUCUAUAGAGCUGGGCAAGUGGAGCACAUGCGAACCAACCGCAAGCUACAGAAACUCCUGCAGACCCAGAGGGAGCUGAUAGGCAAAGAGCUGUGGCUGUACAUUGGGAUCAACACUUUUGACUAUCUGGGCAGCAUCCUGAGUUAUGUGGUGAUUGCUAUUCCCAUCUUUGGUGGUGUCUAUGGUGAUCUGGAUCCAGCAGAACUGAGCUCAUUGGUCAGCAAGAAUGCCUUUGUCUCCCUGUACCUGAUUGGGUGUUUUAGCCAACUCAUUGAUCUUUCCACUACUGUGUCUGAUGUGGCAGGCUAUACACAUAGGAUUGGAGAACUGCAGGAAACGCUGCUGAAACUCUCCAAGAAACAAAAGGACUGUGAGCUGGAAGCAAAAUGGGACUUCAACAAUGUUUCUGAGGAGCAGACAAUGCCAAGCAACACAGCAUACUUCUUAGAGCAGGUUUCUCUCUCUGUUCCUUCUUCUGAGAAGCUGCUUAUCAAAGACCUAAACCUGAGAGUCACACAAGGGAACAGUCUACUGAUUACAGGGAACACAGGCACAGGGAAGACAUCCUUGCUUCGUGUCCUUGCUGGCCUCUGGGAAAGCAAGCAAGGGGAUGUCCACAUGCUAACCUGCUUUGGCCCCCAUGGGGUGGUGAUCUUGCCACAGCGGCCUUUCUUCACAGAUGGGACUCUGCGAGAACAGGUGAUUUACCCUUUGAAGGAGAUCUAUCCAGUUUCAGGGUCUGCAGAUGAUGAAAGGAUAUUGAGAUUCCUGGAACUGGCUGGGCUGUCGGAUCUGCUAGCGAGGACAGGAGGCUUGGACCAAUCAGUGGACUGGAACUGGUAUGAUAUCCUGUCCCCAGGGGAGAUGCAGAGGCUGUCCUUUGCCCGUCUUUUCUAUCUCCAGCCUCAAUAUGCAGUGUUGGAUGAAGCAACUAGUGCACUGACAGAGGAUGCUGAGAAUGAGCUGUACAGGAUGUGUUCACAGCUGGGGAUGACUCUGGUUAGCGUGGGCCACCGUAGCAGUCUGGAAAAGUUCCAUAGCUGGAUAUUGAGACUGUUCGGAGGAGGAAAAUGGGAAUUAACAAGAAUCAAGAAGGACUGAGCCAGUCAUGGAUAACACAAAAUGGAAUGAAAAGUUUGGAUGGGAGAGUUGCCAAAGUGCCUUGGAAUCCACAUGCCUUAAGGGUUGAAAGAAAUGUACCUGCAGAACCAGCAGGUGCAAAUGAGCUUUCUGUGACCUGAAGACAUCCAUCUCCUGCUGAAAUAAUAGGGUGGAAGAGCAAAUAUUAACUCUCUUGUUGCCUUGCUUAGAAAAUUUCCUCCAGCCCGUUGUACUGAUUUAAUGUGUUUCUGACUGAAGAUUUUCCUCGGAGGAAAGGGGUCUCUUCUGUUUGCAUCUUCUUUCAGCGAGAAUAACUGAAUGGUGUUGAAGAGAACUGGACAGAGUUGUGAGGACUUGUUCUGAAGGUUCCAGUGUGAGCAUGAGCCCUUCUCAUCUGUGCCUGAAAAAGAGUGUGUAUGUGUGGAGGGGGGCUUUGGGCCACUGUUUUGCUGCCUGGAUAAGAAUAUCUACAUGGUAAGACCAGUGUCUACUCUACACAGGGGUCUGUCUGCUCUUGGCAUACAGAUUCCCUAGUUACUACAGCAACCUCUGCUUAGGAAGUUCACCAGUACAGCAAAAAAAAAAACAGAAGAAGGUAUUCUAGAUUGUUAGUGCUGUACACCUACCAGCUCUCCAUAUGAUGGCUGUAGAUUUACUUAUGUUUUAUGUGGAGGGACAGAAUCUCAAUUGGCAAGGCUGAUGGAAAUCUCAAAGCAGCAAUUUACAUGCACGCUAUCCAGCCUGGGAGAUGGGUGUGCAGUAGCAGGCUCCUGUGGGUGCAGUAGAUGUGAUGCUUACCUAGAAAACAUAGAAAAUUCUCCUUUUUGAAGCAGAUGGACAUUCCUGUCCUGUGAUGGCAGGAUCAGAGUUGCAUAAUAGAGAACCUGUUGAAUUUAUGCAUACUCUUAAGAGAGAAUUUUUGAGGGGGGGUUUCCUUUUUUCGUGCUGUUUGCUUCUUAAAAAUUGGUUAACUCAUUUGAGUUAAAAUUAGAAUUAAAACUUGAAAAUGUAGGAUAUUAAAUACUGGUUUAAGAGUCCAGUAUCCAG